CAGUUGUCCAGCCACUGGCCAUCCAACAUGCGCUACUCCUGUGUUCUUUUACUUCUGGCCACCGUUGCCUGUCUGCUAAUCCCACAGACAGGUGGCUCCACGGCCACCACAACCUCAACUUCUGCUUCGGCUACCACCACCACUUCCGCCUCGGCCACGACAACCACUGCGUCGGAUACAACUACUACCACAGCGGCUACCACAACCACUUCGUCCUCCUCCUCAAAGAGUAAAAAGAAGAAGAGGACGUAUCACUAUACACGUCAUGUUUAUAGGCCAAAGCGGAUACGACAUAUCUAUAGGCACAAGGCCGACGACGACGAAAGCUCUACCGAUCGCACCAGCACACGCAGCCGUCGUCGUCGCCGCAGCAGUAGCAGCAGUAGCAGCAGUGGCAGCACCAGUAGCCGCAGUGGUAACAGUCGCAUCCGCCGCAGGAGAGCCCGAAGUGCCCGACGCCUGUCUUAGUGACCACAUCUUGUACAACAAACCAACUGAUCUGAUCGUGACGCCUUUGAAAAUGUAGUUUUUCUUUUUGGUUUUCUUUUUUCCGUUCAAAACACUUAAGGCAAAUAAAAUGAAUAUUUCGAUAUU